UUCUCAUUUUAUUGCAUGGAAUUUGCAAAAUAUUUUUAAUAGAAAAGAACGAAUAAAAAAUAGAUUAAAAUGAGACCUUUAAUGCUCCAGGGCCAUGAGCGUUCCAUUACGCAAAUCAAAUACAAUCGUGAAGGUGAUUUAUUGUUCUCCUGCUCCAAAGAUCAAAAGCCCAAUGUUUGGUACUCGAACAAUGGCGAACGUCUCGGUACCUAUGAUGGCCAUCAGGGUGCUAUUUGGUGUCUUGAUGUUGAUUGGACCACUUCAAAACUUAUUACCGGUUCUGGUGACAUGACGACUAAGCUGUGGGAUGUUGAGCAUGGUACGGUGAUUGCAUCGAUACCCACCAAAUCAUCAGUGCGUACUUGCAACUUCAGUUAUUCGGGAAAUCAGGCUGCUUACAGUACAGAUAAGGCUAUGGGUCAAAAUUCUGAACUGUUUAUCAUUGAUGUUCGCAAUGCCGAUUCCAGUUUGUCUGAUCAAACGCCAAUUUUGCGCAUACCCAUGUUGCAAUCGAAGAUUACCUCCAUGUUGUGGGGUCCUUUGGAUGAAACUAUUAUUACUGGUCAUGACAAUGGUCAAAUUUCCAUUUGGGACAUUAGAAAAGGCCGUGAAGUUAACUCGGUCAAUGAUCACACCGCCGGCAUCAAUGACAUGCAAAUGUACAAAGAUGGCACCAUGUUUGUGACAGCUUCCAAGGAUAACACAGCCAAAUUAUUCGAUUCGGAAUCGUUGAUGUGUUUGAAGACCUACAAGACUGAAAGACCCGUUAACUCCGCUGCGAUCAGUCCCAUUAUGGAUCAUGUUGUUUUGGGCGGUGGUCAAGAUGCUAUGGAAGUAACAACAACAUCUACCAAGGCUGGCAAAUUCGAUUCCCGUUUCUUCCAUCUUAUCUAUGAAGAAGAAUUCGCCCGUCUUAAGGGUCAUUUUGGUCCCAUCAACAGUUUGGCUUUCCAUCCCGAUGGUAGAAGUUAUGCUUCCGGUGGUGAAGAUGGUUUUGUGCGUGUCAAUACAUUCGAUAGUAACUACUAUGAACCACUAUUUUAGAA